AUGACUGUGCCGCAAUACGAUGGCACCGAUGAAAGGCAGUGCUGUUGGAGGCUCUGGGACCUUCCCACCUUUGAGGAUUUGCACAAGAUGAAGGUGACUGGAGCGCUGGUUUGGCUGCUGGGGGUGGUGCUUCCAGCCGCCAAUGCCUUGUACUCGUCAAAGGACGCUGUUAUUCAGUUGAAUCUGAAAAACUUCAAAAAGGAGGUGCUCGACACGGAGCAUGUGGUGAUAGCAGAGUUUUUUGCUCCGUGGUGUGGACACUGCCAAAGAUUGGUGCCCGAGUAUAAAAAGGCAGCAGAGAAGCUCAAAGGACUCGCCAAAGUGGUUGCAGUCGACUGUGACGAUAAGCAGAAUCAGCCUCUGUGUAGCCAAUAUGGUGUUCAAGGCUUUCCCACUAUUAAGAUAUUCCCUGGUGGUGUAAAAGGGUUACCACAAGAUUACCAAGGUCCGCGAACCGCCAAGGCGCUCGUUGAUGCUGCUAUUGCAAAGAUCCCAAACAACGUCCUUCAGAUUGGAGGUAGUGGAAAACGAGGAAUUGAAUAUGACGCAUUCCUAGCGCAGCAGGCCGGAGAACUGGAUAAAGUGAUUCUUGUGUCCCAAAAACCAUCAACGCCACCACUAUACAAAGCUCUGUCUACCGAAUAUAAGAACCGCCUCAUCUUGGGAGAGGUCAAAUCUUCAGCAAAAGACAUCAUCGAAAAAUUGAACGUGACGAACAUUCCCUCUGUCAUUUUGAUCCCCAAAGAUUCCGGUCAGCCUAUCCUCUAUGAAGGGCCUUUGAAGCAUGCUGGUUUGGUGAAGUUCUUGGACAAGUAUGCGCUAGCAAAGAAGGGCGCACCAUCUGAAAAGAAAGCAGGGGAAAAGUCUUCAAAAAGCGAAGCAGAAGUACCGAAGCCGAUCGAGGUAACAUCUCAGUCAACAUUUGAUGCAGAGUGCGUCGAAAAGUCUGGCUUUUGUGUCCUCGCCUUCUUUGCCGUCGAACCAGAAUACGAGGAAAGCGUCAAGGAGCACACUAACAACCUGUCACUACUUGAAGACAUUGCCAAACUCCACCCAGGAUUCCGUUACUUGUGGUUUAACGCGCUUGAUAAGGGAAAGAACUUUAUGCGCACGGUCCAAAUGAGCGACUCAUUGCCGGGACUAAUGGCCUUCAACGGAAAGAAGAAAGCAUACAGAUUACUCACCGGCCCUUUUGACAAGGACGCGAUCAACGAGUUUCUGACCGAGGUAUCAAAUGCAAAGGGGCGAUUCUUCAAAUUGGAUGUGCUGCCUAAUUCGAUAAGGACCCUUAUUUCGAAGAGACGAUACGUUGACCUCCACUAUGUCGCGACAUAACAGGAAGAUUCAGAAAUGAAAAACUCCAAUACGAUAUAUUGGUAUAUUGAAGUUUCAUGUAAGGGAGAAAUGUCCCGAAAUGUUCAGUAAAAACAAUCUAUGUACAGAUG